AUGAGUCACGGAGUUUUACAAGUGACUAUUGUUGAAGGUCGCAAUUUAAAAGACAAGGAUAUCGUCGAUUACAAACAACGCACAAAGACCGUCAAGGAUACCAACAAUCCAACAUGGAAUGAAACUUUUACAUUUAACUUGCGCAAACAUCAGGACGAAUUGCAUUUGCAUGUUUAUGAUGACGACGUCGUCGGUCGGGAUUCAAUUGGAUCGAAAACGGUUAAUUUGAAAAAACAUGUAUUCGGAAAGGGUCCAUAUGACGCUUGGGUCAAAUUGCCAGCUCAUUUAGGUCUUGGUUCACACGGUGAACUUCAUGUUAUCAUUCAACAUAAUGCUUGA